CUAGUCAAACCUACAUUUAAAAAAAUAUAUAACUUUGCCUCUAUAAUGUACAUUUUUAUUUAUGUUACUACUUAACUCGCUAUUUAUGUCGUUCUGUUAUGACGUCAGGGUAAACAUAACCACGUGACACAACCAGGAAGUGUAAGGAAGGCGGGACCGUCUGAUUUCACAAGGCUGGUUCGUGGCUUGAGGAGGAGCCUCCGAACGUCAGGCUACUGGUCUAGUAAAACCUACAUUUAAAAAAAUAUAUAACUUUGCCUCUAUAAUGUACAUUUUUAUUUAUGUUACUACUUAACUCGCUAUUUAUGUCGUUCUGUUAUGACGUCAGGGUAAACAUAACCACGUGACACAACCAGGAAGUGUAAGGAAGGCGGGACCGUCUGAUUUCACAAGGCUGGUUCGUGGCUUGAGGAGGAGCCUCCGAACGUCAGGCUACUGGUCUAGUAAAACCUACAUUUAAAAAAAUAUAUAACUUUGCUUCUAUAAUGUACAUUUUUAGUUAUGUUACGACUUAACUCGCUAUUGAUGUCAUUCUGUUAUGACGUCAGGGUAAACAUAACCACGUGACACAACCAGGAAGUGUAAGGAAGGCGGGACCGUCUCAAUUCACAAGGCUGGUUCGUGGCUUGAGGAGGAGCCUCCUAAAGUCUGGCCUUCGUAGACCGGGUAGGCUACUGGUCUAGUAGGAUUUAGACCCCGGAUUCAGACACAGCCAUUGUUUGCCUGUAUGUGCCCUGCCAAUGGCUGCCGUCCAAUCCGGGGUGUGUCCCGCCUCUCACCCAAAGACAGCUAUGAUAGAUAGCUCCCUGUGGCGUCAAUACAACAAAUGAACACAAGAUGGCGGCAGAGCCUUCCUCAACCACCAGCCCUAUAAUAGUGCUCAUUCAAGCAUAUCUGACUGACCUUUUGAAACAAACAAAUAUCCAAAGGUCACCUGAAGCUGGAAUUACUGGAAUCUUUUUUUUUUUUACAGUCCAAGAAUAAGUUAAGUACAUUUCCCCAUCCAGUCAUUAUACCUAAUUGUCCACAUAGUUCAUAGAAGAAAAAAAUGUCUCAUUUUCUCGCCCCUCCCUGAAACACGCAGUCGGAAAUUCCUUGUUCCUCUGUGCUCAAGGCAGCCAUGACUGAAGCAACAGAGAAGCACCUCCCUCUCAGCGUAUUUUGAACAGAGGAAGCGUAGCCAAGGUAAUGAACACAACCCAGUGCUGCAAUUGCGCCGCCUGACUGAUUACUGACCGUUUCUUUACAACUUCUGACUGACAGCAACUACAACUGCAGAAGGAUGAAUUUAGGAGGAGGAAACCAGUGUGGACGUUGUAAGAAAACAGUCUACUUUGCAGAGGAGGUACUUUGUCAUGGUCAGAAAUUCCACAAAAGCUGCUUCCUGUGCCUGGUGUGCAGGAAGUGCUUAGACAGCACCACUCUUGCUGUCCAUCAAGAUGAAAUCUACUGCAAGUCAUGUUACGGCAAGAAGUACGGACCAAAGGGUUACGGUUACGGCGUGGGGGCGGGGACUCUCAACAUGGACAAGGGAGAGGGUCAGGGUAUCGCCGCUGAAGAACCCAAGCCUCAUCAGCCGACCACCAACCCCAAUCCGUCUAAGACUAGAAAAUUCGGCGGGUCUGAGAAGUGCCCUCGCUGUGGCAAAGCGGUCUACGCAGCUGAGAAGAUCAUAGGAGCUGGCAGUGCAUGGCACAAGAUUGGUUGUUUCCGAUGUGCCGCAUGUGGGAAGGGUCUGGAGUCAACCACACUUGCCGACAGGGAUGGAGAAAUCUACUGCAAAGGGUGCUAUGCUAAAAACUUUGGUCCGAAAGGAUACGGAUAUGGAUCUGGGGCCGGAGCCCUGCAACUCACUCAGUAGACGUCCCUGACUCGAGCACAAUGACGGAUACACGGCCCAGCUACGACAUUAGCAAGGUCUGGACCUUCAAAUUAAACCUUACACAAGAACUUCCUGAAAAUGAUGUCGUCGAAAUAAGUGUAUCCCAAUGACAGCAUUGUGAGCUAGCUGAAAUUAACGUAAGAUUGGGAAUGAUGGACAAAAUUCAAAAAUUCCUGAAUUCUAAAUUCAAGCCUGUGCUACAAUUAGCAAGUAUAGUCCGAUAGCGUCCUAACUGCUCAACAUUAAUAAAGUAAAGAAUAAAAAUGUUUAUUUGUUGCAUUUUUUUGAUAAAAAAUAAAUAAAUGUAU